UAGGCAUGCAGUGUUGUUUUUGUUUUGUGUUUUUGUUGUUGUGUGCCUGCUUGAUGGCCAGCGCCUGCACGUAUGCCGAAGGAGUCAAACCAACCACUGUGCACCCCGCAUUCGCACAGCGUCGACCACGACGACAACACACACGACACGAUACCACUCGGAAAGGUACGGUCGGCCGCAUGCUAGCAACUGUAUGCAGUGGCAUAGGCAAUUCCCAAUUGUACAGAUCACUAACGGAAACGAACGCAAACGCAGUUAGAAGUUAUUCGUGCGCACAGCCAAUAGACGGAUCAGCGGCUGGUAAUACGGAGCGCUGUUUAUGACGGUGUCGCGGACGGGAUUAUUAUUUUAUUUUAAUAAAGUGAGAAUUUGUUUUGAAAAAUAUUACAAAAAUUAUUCUACAAUACUGAAAUAUUAAGAAAUCAAUGUGAAGGGUUGUAUAUUCGAUAAAAGAGAAAACACCAGAAAUGCGACGGUAAACGAACGCAGUGAUUUUCAGUGAAAAAAAAUGUGAGCAAAAUGUAUGCUUACAAAAUAUAAAAAAAAGCAAAAACAAAUUUAAAUAAAUAAAAAAAACAGUCACUUUGAUGUUUUAAGUGGUUUCGUAUAUAAGAAUUUAUGCAUAAACCAAAGUGGUUGAAAUAUUAAAUAAACUAAACGUAAACAAGCUCAGCGAACUGUUUUGCACCAACUCACAACAGUUUGAGUAGCACUUGUUUUUCUUACAACUUUACUCUACGUAAAGCGUCCAAAAACAGUGACAGUGACGCAUUUACAAAUCGAACUUUCGCGUAUUACUUUCAAUCCUUUUUAAGCCAUCAAAAUGAUGAUGAACGCUUUUAUCGAUCCCACGCCCUCCCAGCACCAUCUGGCUACUUAUGGGCUGCGUAUGUCACCGACUACGCCGACCAAUCAAUCGGAUUUACUGGGUGGCAGCGCGCAACAACAACAUGCACAGCAACAACAGCAGCAACAACAACAAGUGCAACAGCAGCAGCAACAACAAGCGCAACAGCAGCAAUCCCAACAACAACAGGCACAACAAUUGGACACCAGCGGUCUGAUGUCCUCAGCAAUGUCGCUGGGCACCAGCGUCAGUGACAUGUCGUCGCCCGUAAGCGCGUCAGCCGCCAGUGCUGCCGCCUAUCAGAACAGCGGCUACAGCCACUUCAAUACACAACUCGGUUCGGCGUAUUCAUCACGUGAUUUUUUGCUUGGUCGCCGCACAGACAACGAUUACAUGACCGGUGCCGCAACAACGCAACUGGUCGGUCAAAGUGCCGCCACCACCGCUGCAACGGCCGACUCAAUGCUAUUUCCCUCAUUUCCCGCCACACAUGCUCAGCAUCCCGAUUUGACCACAUCCUUUGGCAAUCACCCCUUCCAUGCGGCGGCACAUCAUCAUGCCGCGGCCGCGCAUCAUCAUCAACAUCAGAUGCGCAUGGGCAUGGCCGACUAUGCGCAUCCGUAUGCACAUCACGCACAACAUCAUACAAAUUUUCCGUCGGUGCAUCAUCAUCAACAUCCCGCCAUGUCCAUGCAUCCAGCUGGUGCGGGCGCUUUUCUACGCUAUAUGCGCCACCAGCCGUCGGCAGCGUCUGCCAUUAAGCAAGAGAUGCAAUGCCUUUGGGUGGAUCCGGAUCAACCGGGCGGUCCGAACGGCCGCAAGACAUGCAAUAAGAUCUUUCACACCAUGCACGAUAUUGUCACCCAUCUAACGGUGGAGCAUGUCGGCGGACCAGAGUGCACAACGCAUGCCUGCUACUGGAUCGGUUGUUCGCGCAACGGUCGCCCCUUCAAAGCCAAAUACAAAUUGGUCAAUCAUAUACGCGUGCACACGGGCGAGAAACCGUUUGCCUGCCCGCAUCCCGGUUGCGGCAAGGUGUUCGCACGCAGCGAGAAUCUCAAGAUACACAAGCGGACGCAUACCGGUGAAAAACCCUUCAAGUGCGAACACGAGGGCUGUGAUCGCCGCUUCGCCAACUCUUCGGAUCGGAAAAAGCACUCGCAUGUGCACACAUCGGACAAACCGUACAAUUGUCGCAUCAAUGGCUGUGAUAAAUCUUAUACUCAUCCCUCAUCGCUGCGUAAACACAUGAAGGUGCAUGGCAAUAUCGAUGAGAAGUCUCCCUCACAUGGCUAUGAUAGCGACGGCGAUGAGUCCUCCUCGUCCAGCAUUGUGACCGGCGGCGCGCAAACACCACCGUCCGCACGCUUAAAUGUCGACAAUAACAACGGCAUCGGUAACAAGUCCUCACCGCACUCCAUUAAAUCGGAACCGAGCAAUCACAGUAUUGGCGGCAUGCAUGGCGUCAUACAUUUGGGUGCCUCGAGCGGUGGCAGCAGCUCCACGAGCAGUUCACAUCUACAUCACUCGCAUGCGCAUCACAGCACUAGCGGCGCUGGCAAUGGCGGCAGUGGUGGCGCGAACAACAAUAACAAUAACAACAAUCACUCAGCCAAAUCGCCAGCGUUACAAUUGAUGGCGUCCUCAGCCGCGGCAGCAUACUUAGCACCACCACUGGGACCACCGCCCUCACUAUCGGCAGCGGCCACACAUCACCAUCAUCAUCACCAGCAAGCGGCAUCGCCAGGCAGCAGUAAUGCGGCAGCCGCUUCAAUGCUUGUCACCGGUCAUCACAAUCAUCAUUUGCUUUAUCAUCCGGCGGCGCAACAUCAUCCGCCCAGCGAUUGGUAUCACACAGCAACACCGCCGGCCGCCGCUGAUGCAAUGAAUCCGCUCAAUCAUUUCGGUCAUCAUCAUCAUCAUCACCAUCUGAUGCAUCCGGGUGCCGCAACCGCCUAUUGAAAUUGGUGAACUGUGCAAGCGAGAGGGUGAGCGUAAGCACCGAAGAAGUUAAGGGCGAGAGCACUUGUUUGUGUGGCCCGUCGCACAUAUGUAUGUAUGUAUGUGUGUGCUAUGUGCUGGGCUGUGCAGUGUUAACGACUAUUGGCGAACUCUUUGUCGCUCAGCCGACUAAUGUGGUAAUCGUAGUGUGAGUAAUCAGUGGAAUUAAACCAAAUAUUUUUAGCUCUGCCGCACAUACACACAUACACAUACCAUAUAUACCAUCUAACGAACGGGCAUUGUAAUUGUAUUCAGCAAAAUGAUAUCGAGUUUUAACAUUUGGCACUGUAACAUACAUUUUUACCUUUAUAUAAAAUACGUACAUAUAUGAUUGUCGAGCUUUAUAUUUUUGAGUGAAAAGUUAAGGUUUUAACUGCAAUAAAUUCGAAAAUGUUUUUGUCAUUUGUUUUGUGAUUCAAGAAAACAGUUUUUAUUUUAAAAUUUAUUAUGUUGCAAACAUGUCUUUUAUUUAGGCAAUCAGCGAAGUUUACAUACAUAUGUACAAAGGUGAAAAAUUAUUAACUAACUCCCUCAAGAGGGCAUAUUUCGAUUUAUCUGAACCAAAUAAAGUGGAAAGUGUUAUACAAUAAAAAAUAUGUAUGUAUAUAUAGAUACAUACAUUUCUUAUAUAUUUUAUUUUUUUUUUUUUAUUUCUAUGUCUAUACAAAAUUCACAUCACUUGCUUAAUUUCAUUUCAUCUUGCCCAUAAUGGAUUACCGAUAAAACUUUUUCGUGCAAUGAAAAGAAAUAAUUUUUUUUUCCUGAACAAAAAUCCAAACCAUACUCAAAUUCUCACAGCCACUGUAGCAUAGUGGGGAAAAUCCCUCUAAAAUACGUAAGAAAAAAUGUCUGCCUUAAAUGUACUUUCUACGCCGCUUCAAAAGUAAAUAAAAUUUGUGAAUCAUCUGGCAUUAUAUUACAUAUACAUAUGUAUAUGUAUGUAUAUCAUAAAAAAACCACAAAAAUUAAGUAAAUGCCAAUCUAGUAACACACAAGUGUACAUACAUACCUAUACACAAACAUAAAAUAAAUAUAAUACACUCUAAAAAAAUAAAUAAGUAUGUACAUACUAAUUUAACAAAAAUGUACAAUAUUUAACACAAAACCAAAUGGUGCCUGCUGCUUCCAAUGACAAAAAUAACACAACAUUUUUCAUUUAAAAUUUAAGUAAAAGUGUGUGCUUAUCCAUGCCAUAGAUAAUUAAAUUUUAUAGCAAACUCAGCGCUAACCUCUUCGCUUACCAAACUACACAAUGCAGUACAAGUGCUCGCACUUAGCCCAUUUACAUACUUACAUAGUAUAUAUGUAUGUAUAGUAUAUAUUUAUGUAUGUAUAUACAUACAUAUAUUGCAUGUUAAACGCGUGAUUCUUCGACUUAGUACUUAGUUUUCGACUCAUUACCUCCACAACAACAAAGCGAAUAAAUUUAAUAACAAAGAAAAAUAAUAAAAAAUAAGUAACAAAAAUAUUUAACAUAAUUGUGUGUAAAUUAAUUCACAAAUAAGUUCCAAAAUUGUAAUAAUGUUGUAAAUAAUUUUAUAUGUAUGUAUGCAGAUGCAAAUGUAAAAAAUGGGAACGAAAAAACAAAAAUUAAGAAAUUCAUUUAGAAUAUAUUAAAGAAAAUGUAAGUGAAAAUUCUCACAAAAAUGUUAAAAAUAUAAAAUUUACGUAAAAGUUUAAUUAUAAAAAAGUUUUGAUGAAAAACGGCAAAUUAUAAUUUUUCAGUUUGAUUGCUGCUACAAUUAUGUUUUUGUCAUUAAGUAAAAAAUUUUAGUUUGAUUAUUUAGUUCUGUAUACGUGUAAGUGUCAAAUAUAAGAAAAAUAGUAAAUAAUCUAUUGUAUUUUGUGUAUAAAUUAAAUUAUUUUAAAUUGUUUAUAGUAUUUACGCUGUUUGACCGCGCAUUUCUACUCACACGCGCUCAUACAUAUGUUCACACUCAUUUACUCGAAAACACACUCAACACACUCAUUUACAUACAUACACACAUAAGUAAAUAUAUAUAAAUAAAUAGUAAAUUUAAACACAGUCCAAAAGUUAUAAUUAUUUAACGAGCUACACACCUGCAUACACACAUAAACAGCUAAAAUAUACAUACAUAUACGCAUAUAUACUCACAUUAACACGUAAACAACACGAAUAUAUACCACAAAUAGUGAAAGCAUAGUAGAAUAAAUGAGGAAAGUGUAAACUAAUUAAACUUAAAACAUAUGUGAAAUGCAAAAACAAACAACUAAAAAUAAAUUACUAAAAAUAAAAGUAAAAUAAAUAUGUUAGCUAUGAAUAAUUCUUGAAAAAUUAGAAAUUCAUUGAAUAAAUAAAUUAUUAAUUCCAAAUGCAACGCAAA